ACACAACACAACGCAACACAACGCAAGAGGCCAGGAAAACACAAAACCAACCACCACACGACACCAGGAUGCCGCUCGAAUUUCCACCACCGAAGCUGCAUCCGCAGCCGGGGUACACGGCAAUCCGGGGGUCCAUUGUUCUCUUCUUGAUCGGGUUCUUGUUGCUSCAGCAAGGUAGGGCAUGGACGGGAACCCACAACCCGUCGGUGGCGAUGGCGGUGGCCGGAAGAAAGAGGUCCCGCCCUCGUGGUUCUCCRGAUUUGUUCCCGUUYGGAGCCACCACCCACCAAUACCGAUACCGAUACCAACRCCAAUAUCAACAAGCAGCAACAGCAAGAACCGUCACGCUGGCAGCGGCUCCCACGGAAGAAAUCGUUUCCAUCGAAGCAGACCGCGACGCAACCAAAAGYCCAACACGGGAAGAACCAGCCAGCGRCACCGAAAACAACAGCAAUGAUAGCGACAGCGAAAACAGCACGGAGCAACGGCCCGGCACCAAGUCGCAAGAACCAUCGGAACCACCGGACGUUCCGGUGCCGCCUGCUUCCGCCUGGGACGUCCUGGCCGGGAACGUUGCGGCRUGCCUCAUUGCGAGCGACGUCAAACGGUCCUCGGGACUGGACGGAUCUUCCACGGGCUGGACGUCGUGGAUCGAAGAAAAAUCCUCCUUUCGGCUGAAGCAGUGCGUCGACCGAAUGGUCUUUGCCGAGGGCAGCACCGGCGACGGUGGUGCGGGAACCGACGGCGGCGAAGGCAACGACGCGGCAAUGCCCACCACCACCACCGGGAAUUCGCGGGACGAGACCCUCCGCUGGCUGAAAUGGAUGAGGGCCACCCCCGCGCCAAUGGUAGUGGAGCUCUCCGAGGAGUUCCGGACCGCCGUCGACAACGCGCUGACGCAAGACGACUACGACCGAAUGGACCGGGCGGCGGGCCGGUCCCAGGCCGACGAGGAAACCGCCGACACCACCCGCUCCGACUUUCUGGGUCGCAUCGGCUGCCGGCUCCUCCUCCUGCCCUCCGGAGAGUCCCUCCGGGACAACCUCAAGACGCCCCCCGGGGCGAUGGUCUACGGCAAGCUCCUCUACGGGGGCUGCAAGAGGUACCGGAUCCUCGGCACCGCGGGGAACAACGGGGGCCGGCGSCCCCCCCGCCGGGCGGGCGAGCGRACCACCAUCGUGCCCCCCGGGCCCUCCCCGAGGACCGCGGGCUGGCUCCAGUACGGCGGCCCCGAGCGCAACUACGAGGCCAUCGACAUGGGGCCCUGCGGGGUCCUGGAGGUCACCCUCCUUCCCAAGGACCUCAAGCUGGGCCUGCUGUCCGCGAGGGAAUCGCCGGACCCGGGGGCGGACUCGCUGCAGCUUYCCGCCGGAGACGGCCCUCCGAUGCCCCCCCUCGAGCUCCAGCCCACCGAAGAAAUGGUGGCCUCGAAGGCCACUUCSUUCGAUCCGCAGUGGCUCUUUGGGUUUCCUCCGGAGGACGCCGGCAACGCCACCGAUGCGGGAGACGGAUUGAUCGCCCGCAACGAGACGUCCCCGGACGGCGAUGGCUGCGCCAGCGUGGAGGAGAUCGAAACCAGGUUCUCUUCCGUCCUCGGGGGCCUCCGGAACGAGAUCCAGUCCAUCGUUCGGCGGGUCCUCGACGGCAGGAGCCGCGGCUCCGGUGGGGGAACGGCAUCGAAUUCCGAGCUCCAGACGAUGCUCGAGCUCGGCCUGUCCCCGGUCCGGGGAUUGCUGCUGUACGGAAAGCCCGGCUGCGGCAAGACGGCCCUGGCCCGGGAAAUCUCCCGGCUGCUGACCGACCGGCCCCCCGUGAUCGUCUCCGCCCCCGAGCUCCUGGACCGGUGGGUCGGGGGAACCGAGACCUCCGUCCGGAGGCUCUUCGAGGCCGCCGAGGCCGAGCUCGCCGUCUGCGGGGGGGAUCCGGCCAAAUCCGGCCUCCACGUCGUCGUCAUCGACGAGAUCGACGCGGUCUUCCGGCAGCGGUCCUCCUCGUCGGGCAGCGGAGAGGUGGCACGGGCCUCGGCCGUGAACCAGAUCCUGGCCAAGCUGGACGGGGUCAACGCCCUUGGCAACAUACUGGUGAUCGGGACCACCAACCGGAGGGAGCUCCUGGACGAGGCCCUCCUUCGGCCGGGCCGGCUCGAGGUCAAGAUCGAGGUCCCGCUGCCGGACAGGGAGGGUAGAAGGGAGAUCCUGAAGAUCUACUUCGAUCCACUCCGCUCGAGGGGGAGACUGAGCAAGCCCCUCUGUUCCGCCAUUGAUGGAGGGAGGAGCCGAGGCAGCAGCAGCGGCACCGAGGACGACCCGCGGAWUCCGAAGGGGCAAGCCCUCGGCAAGCGGGAGCGCAUGCGGUCCUUCUUGUCGGAGCGCCUUUCCCGGAGGGUGGGAAGCGGCGCGGGACCCCCCGUGCUGGAUCUCGCCGCGGAUCGCUGGACCGGGGGCUUUUCGGGGGCCGACCUCGAGGGACUGGUGCGGUGUGCCGGAUCGCUGGCACUGUCYCGGGCCCGCAGGGACGGCAGCGGCGUGGACGGGCUGCUGAUCACCACGGARGACGUGGUCCGGGCCCUCCGGGAGGUCAAGCAAUAACGCGAUUUCCAAGCCAAGCCAAUCCAGACCAGAUCCAAACCGAAAUCCAAACCAAAAUMYAAACCCAACACAAAACACAUCCAAGCCGACCAAACACACGAGAUGCAGAUGCUUGCAGCCCAAGGUAUGACUCCGCCGCAGAACAAAAAGCCUCCACCAACGCAUCCAUUGAACAAGGGAAGAGCGCAGGGAUGGACAGAAUCCWACGGAUUGUCGGAACGCCACUAGUACUAUCUAAAAAGGGGGAUCGAUCUGAGACGCUUUCGAUACCAGUAGGUAUGAUUUUUUUGUAGUAUAGCUGCCCGUAAGUACAGCAAAUAUCUAUUGGAACCACUAGUACAGUAAAAGAAUAGAUCUUUGAAGAAAAGAUGCAUGAUUAUUGAUUAUCUAAAGUUGAGAGAGAUACAAUUUGACAUCUGAGCUGCUUCCGAAAGAAAUUGAAAGAUGCUAAUGUACGGUACGUCCUGUACUUCUAUUUGUUCKUACGAUACUUACAGGAUGACAAUACAGUAGUAGUUGUGAGGCCUAAAACASACUAAAUCAUAAGCAAUCAC